AUUGCUGACGACCUUCUCCAACAUUCCAACAUCAAGCUUUUGUCGGAUGAUAUUUUCCUAGACAUUACACCAGGAGGAGCCCCUUCUGGCAAUCAGACGAAGGAGGCGCUUCCAGCUGACAAGACGAGCAAGGAUGAAAACAAUAAGUCGGGCCAUGAGGUUAGCGGCAAGAAGACUUCGCCGACAAGGUCUUCUUCGCCGUUUUCCUUCCUUGCUGGUAUGGGUAUUGGUGCUGGUCUAAUGUUCCUUUUGUCAAAAACUCGAUAG